GAUGAAUGAAAUUGCAGACAAACCAGUUAUUCUCGUAAAUUAUUCACUGAGCUUGCACUAAAGUCACAGCGGCAUGCACAAGCAUCGCUUUUUCGUUUAAAAUCAAUGUCAAAACGUAACAAGUGAAGUCACAAUUCGCUUGUCAAACAUGUUUGGCGCGCUGAGCUGGAAAAUAAAUGUAUAGUUAUGUGUAUGUAAUUACGAAAACUAUAGUGAGCAGCCAAAGGCAGCAGCGGGCGAAAAAUUGGCGUAAACGGCGGCGUUAGCUGGGUAGGUUGUAGGUGCAAACGGCGGGGUUUAGAGGCAAGUGAACAGCGUCUGCAUGCGAUAAGAAGUACUUUGACAUUCGUGACACUGAUACGCGGGGGAUCCAUGUCAGACAGAAAAAAUGAUCACGAGAGCGUCGUGACGACCAACUUGCGUGACUCAAUCGCGCUGGAGAGCAACACCAGCUGAGCUGUGAAAAUAAAUUGUGACAAGCUUGCCAAAGCUGUGGACAACAAUAAGCGAGUAUAAAACCAGCGAGCGCCAGAUCGAAGCAACACAGUCAUUAUACAGCAGAGAUCAGACCAAAUCAGCGGAUACGCAGAUGAAAGUAGCAUUUGCAAAGUGAAAUAAGACGCAUUAUAAUUGCUUACAUACAAAUUGUUUCGUGAAUUAGCAAAUAUUAUAUUGCAUGUGAAUUGAAUUACGGUUAGAAAAUAAACACAAAAUAAACAAAUAGAAUGCAUAAAAACAGCAGCAAACAACGCAACACUUUCACCGUGGCCACCUUGUUGCUGCUGCAAAUGACUGCGGCACAGCGCCCCUCCUUCGCUGGCAUACGACUACCGGGGCUCAAUCAAAAGGACAAAUACAACAUGAAUAACAACAUCAACAACAACAGCAACGUGGAUAUUGGCAAUCGUUUCGGUAAACCAGACGUGCCAGCACUGCCUUUUGGCGCUACACAAAAGCCACCAGCAAAUUUCAUACCAGUGGUCUUUCCCGAGUCCAACUACCUGCCAUUGGCCACGCCGACUGUCCGACCUGUGCCCGAUGGGAUUGCGAACCGUUUUGGCAGUGGCGAUGACAAAGUGCAACAAAAUGUAAACAUCAAUAAUAGCGCGGCCGCCAGACCCGCCUCGUCUAGCUCGCCUGCUGUCGGCGGUGCUGUGCCCAAUCGCUUGCCAAUCGACGCGAAAGACGAUAGAGAGCUGGUGGCUAUACUUAAUCGCUUGCCCGAGGACCAAAGACCUUUCUGGUUCAUCAACGCCGCAGCGAUCGAAGCGCAAAGAAACGGUUCAUUUGCGAAUUUCGCCGGCGCAGUGGAUACCCGCGGCAGCUUCUUCGGCUAAAGUGAAAGCCAAUCACAAAAACACGCACACACAAACUGGAUUUCCUUUCAUGCGCACUUCUACCAUUUAAGUUUCAGGUUUAAUUAUUUAUUAUAUGUAUUUUCUAUGUGUUAAAAUGUGUUUAAGAUAUUGUCCAUAACCGAAUCAAUAGUGCUCGGUGUAACAGGUUGCGCGUAUAUGAAAAGGUACGCGUUAUUGUUAAGUUAAGUACUCAUCGCUUGUCAUAUAUACAUAUACAUUAACAAACAAAUGUACAUAUGUAUUUCUGUAGCACAAACUGCUUCCGUACGCGCCGUUAAAUAUUUUGUCCGAAACAAAAAAUGUGCUAAAACAAUCAAAAAUGAGCACUCAGAAUAAUGUUGUGUAUAAUAAUAAAAAGUAAACCACAAAGUGGAAUUUGAAAAAAACAAAAAAACGCCGAUUUCUGUUUUUCCUUAACGUUCUUAUCGCUUAAUUACAUUACAUGUAAUUAUUUUUGCCAUUUCACGUACUUUUUGAUAUUUUUGUUGCGGACUUUUGCCCGAAAAUAAACCUUUGUUGUUUUGAAUUCAUGCCAAGCAAUCAAAACAGGAGAUAAACAAAGUGUAAGAAUCGCACAAUUAAGCAUAUAUAUGUAAGAUAUUACACGAAGUCACCGAAAGUAAGCGAUAAUCGCGCUAAGGUGAGGUAUUAAUAGAGCUCGGCUCGACUAAGUGAUCUCAGUUCGACUCCCGCUCUCAGCGCUUGAUCUGCACCAAGAGACGCAGUACGAAAGGCGUACUAAAAUUAGUUUGAUAUUUAUUUGAAUGAAUUAAACGCUUUCUGACUUCAUCUGAGGUCUAAUUGUUAUUGAAAAGCAUUGUAUGCAAAUUACAUUGCGCCGAAAAUAAAAAACAAAAAACAAUGCUUUUAGCUGU